AUGCUCUAGCAUAGGCAAGCGUAUAUACAAUGUGUAUAUGGGCUUUCAAUUGCUUUAUAAUUUAGUGGGUGCUUUAAUUAUGGGAAAAUCUCUGAAAAUUUCAUGUAUGAUCAUAAUCAGACAUAGAAAAAGACAAGACCCAGAUGAGUUAAGGACGUAAAUACAAUACCUAUGUAUAGGCAAGCGUAUAUACAAUGUGUAUAUGGGCUAUAUAGGCAGGAAUCCAUGUGGGGUGUUGGGAACUUUGGGAAAUCGGUAAAGAAAGCACCUUGCUGCUUAAAAGGUCUGCUGCCCGAGGAGUUUGGGUUCUAUUUUUUUGGGCAAAAGAAACCAUGUUCUUCUGUAUAAAAGAGAACAAACUAGCUUUCUUUUCUCUUUUCUUUUGGGCAUAUUUUACAGCCGGUUUUGGUAGAUGGGAAUGAUUCCCACAGGUCGGAGCGGGAAAAAAAUUGACUGUUAUGAUGUUUUCUCUGAGAACCAAAAAAACAAAAAUGGGUGUCUGGUAUGCAGGGGAUGCUAGAUAGAGUGCAGAGAGCGAGGAUUGGGGAUUUAGGAAUACAAAUUGUAGGAUUCUUGUUUUUCUUUUAAAUUGUCGUUAUUGUGGGGAUGAUCAUGAGUAGAGAGGAGGUGGAGGUGGAGGUGGAGGAAGAGGAGGAUCGAGUACAAAGAAAACCCAAACCGCUGUUGUGCAAUCUGAGAUGAGCAGAAGCCAUCUGCCCACCAUGGAGAACCACAUCAAAACCGUCCACUCGAAACUGACGCGGACACCCAGUUCGCUUUUAAGGUCACCCACAAUUAAAUCCGGUAUUGAUAGCUUCUCAGACCUUUUAGAGGCAAAAUCAGCGGAGGAAAAGGAAAAACAGCAGUAUUCCAAAACCACCAAAUGGCCCAAGAGAGGAGUGGGAUCGGACGUGCUCCUACACAGAAAACCAUCUUUCAGGUUCCAGCUCCUCCUUCCUCUCCUCGUGAUAGUUGUGGUGCCCUGUCUGUGGUAUAACAUCAGGGGAAUCCAAAACCCCGAUUUGAAUAAUUCAGAUUCUGAUGCUGCAUUUGUAAGAGGUAUCUGGUUUGAUUCCUUUUCUGCACUGGUUUUUGUGACUGCAGUCGUUAUAUCCUUAAAGAUUGCAUUUCCUGAAUUGAGGCUUGGGUUUAGGCUGCCUACUAUGAGGCUGGUUAGGGGCUCAAGCCUUGGCCAGAGCUGGGGUUGCCUUGCUGUUUCAUGGGUCAAGCCAUUGGCUUCUUUUGCAAUCAGCCACAGGAGGAGAAUCAAGGGCAAUCCAUCUGUGACAUGGACUAUUGGGUCCAAGCCAAAGAGUGAGAACAGGAGCAAGAUUGGCAGAGAAGGUGUUGAGGUCUACAGCAAUGGGGAUGUGUAUGAGGGUGAGUUUCAUCAAGGCAAAUGCUCAGGCAGUGGUGUUUAUUAUUACUAUGUUAAUGGAAGAUAUGAGGGUGAUUGGGUGGAUGGAAAAUAUGAUGGGUAUGGUGUUGAGACAUGGGCUAGGGGAAGCCGUUACAGAGGCCAAUACAGGCAGGGCUUGAGGCAUGGGUAUGGUGUAUAUAGGUUCUAUACUGGGGAUAUGUAUGCAGGGGAGUGGUCUAAUGGGCAGAGCCAUGGCUGUGGUGUGCAGACCUGUGGAGAUGGCAGUCGGUAUGUUGGAGAGUUCAAAUGGGGUGUCAAGCAUGGACUUGGAUACUACCACUUCAGAAAUGGAGAUACAUUUGCUGGAGAGUACUUUGCAGACAAAAUGCAUGGUUUUGGUGUCUAUCGCUUUGCUAAUGAGCAUCGAUAUGAGGGUGCAUGGCAUGAGGGAAGAAAGCAAGGCCUUGGAAUGUAUACUUUCAGAAAUGGUGAAACUCAGUCGGGGUACUGGCAUUUUGGUGUCUUGCAAACACCUAGCACCCUAAAUUCUCAACCAGGAGUAACCAAGGGGGUCAGCCAUGCAAAGGUUCUGCAUGCAGUCCAGGAAGCAAGGCAUGCAGCGGAGAAGGCAUUUGAAGUUCCUCGAGUUGAUGAUAGAGUUAAUAAAUCUGUUGCAGCUGCCAAUAAAGCAGCCACUGCAGCAAGAGUUGCAGCAGUAAAGGCUGUUCAGAAAAGAAUGCAUGGUGAUUUUUCUCCAGUGGAUGUCUGAAUCAUUAAAUUUUGUAAAAGGGUUCUGAGUGGUAUGCUUCAUCGAAGUCCUCUAACAUACUAAUUCACACUAGAGAAAGGGAGUUUUCAGUUCAUUAUCUUUGAUGCGGUGUGUUUCCUUAUGUAAACAAGAAAAAUCAGAAGUGUUUGAUGAUUUCUGGCAUUUCCAUAAGAAUGGGGUAUUGCCAGUUUAUUUUGACGUUGUUCAAGUAGAAGAGUAAAUUUUUUCUGAAAUUUGUCUUUUACUGAUACAACUUUAUCACAGAAGUCACUUCAAGUAAAUGACAGUGACCUGUUUUGAGUAAUCUGGAUGGAAUAUGCGCCCCUGAAGAAUAUUGUAGAGAAUCUCUGUUUUGCCUCAGGAGGUGUGCUCAUAGUGCUCUUGUAUAGUGAAGCUGAGCUUUAAUUGGUGGCCAGGCCAAAGCUUGCCAUCUGCCAAAUAGUAGUCUUUCUCCAAUGUAGAGGCUACUUCAAAUAUGUAUACAUAAGCAAGUAAUUACUAGAUGGGUUUAUUGUCAAGAAUGGCAUCUCACUGUAUAAAUUUCAUUAUAUGUUAUUACGUUUCUAGAGGUUAAUGUCUUUGACCUGCUUACCAACAACUAUCCAUUUACCUGUUAUAAGAGCUACUGCUUAUAGA